AUGGAGCAGGAGCAACGAUUGGGGGCGGAGGCCUCACAGCCAGAGCUUGAGCAACGUAAGGGGGAUGACCACGACGACCACGAUGACAAACCGAACACAGAAGUUGAGGAAAAGAAAGACAAAGAUGCAGAUGUGGAAGAGGGCGAAGAGGAGGAGGAGGAAGAACUGCCAGUCGUGGACGUGCCACAGACUAGGAAGGAGGGGAAGGCAGGGGUGCGGUUUCAGUUGGUGAGCGACCUGCACCUCGAGUUCCCGGGCUGCCUCGACAAGCUGCCUCACAUCCCCGUCAACGCCCCCAUCCUCUGCCUCCUUGGGGACAUUGGGUACCCGAACAAGGCGAACUACCGGGCGUACCUGCUGGAGCAGGCCGACCGGUUCGAGCACGUGCUGGUCGUGGCCGGCAACCACGAGUACUACAACCAGGAGAGCGUCCAGCAUGCCGACCGCCUGAUCGACGAGAUCUGCGCGGAGCGAGACAACCUGCAUUACCUCAACAAGCGCAGCGUCCGCGUGGGCGACGUGCUCUUCCUCGGCUGCACCCUCUGGCCGUACAUUCCGCCAGAGGCGAUCGAGAAGGUGUGGAUGAGGUGCAAUGACUACAAGAUAGUGGUGGAGGGGAAGGCGCUGGAACACGAGACGACGUCGGGCGGCCUCAUGUCGCUGAUGUCACUCGUCUACAAAAAUGUGACCGAAGCGGUGAAGAGCGGCCCGCCACCGGCAAAGAGCGAAGACGACGCUCGAAAGAACGAAGGCGAAAAUGCGGAAGCUGGGGCUGCGGAGAAGGAGUACCAUCAGCUUACGCCCCACGAGACGAACCUGUGGCACGAGCAGCACGUCGACUGGCUCGUGCAGGAGAUCGAACGCGUCAAGGAGGCCAACGAACGCACUGCUGGCGUCGAUGGAGAGAAGGUCAAGGUGGUCGUGCUGACCCACCACGCCCCGUCCAAGUUCCGCUGCAUCCACCCCGAGGCUGCCGGGAUCGAAGAGAUCUGCUACGACGACCUCGAAUGGAUGAUGGAAGACCCUGUGGUGGUGUGGGGCUUCGGGCACACGCACUGGUCGAGCGACAACAUCAUCAACUCGACGCGCGUGGUCUCCAACCAGUGCGGCUACAUCACCACGGCCCCUGAUGGCAAGGGCUCCAACUAUUUCGACCCGGCCAUGGUCGUUGACGUCCACGAGUCGCUGGAGUUAAUCAAGUCCACGCCCACGACCGAGGAACGCAACUGCCUCCUCAUGUAG